AUGGCUGAAUAUGAAGCUUUCAUUCUUGAUUUGAAAAUGGCUAUCGAUAUGAACGUCCAUGAGUUGUUGGUAAUUGGAGAUUCGGAUUUGCUAAUUCAUCAAGUUCAAAAAGAAUCGGUCAUAAAGAAUCCAAGGAUCACACCAUAUGUGCAGUUGAUACAACAGUUGUGCAAAAGAUUCCGCAAGAUUGAAUUCAGACACACUCCCAAGAUGCAAAAUGAUUUGGAAAAUGCUCUUGCCACCAAUGCCUCAAUGAUCAAACAUCCAGAUACAAAUUAUAUUGAUUCCUUGGAUAUAGAGGUAAAAAAGCGUCAUGUUCAUUGUUCACAUGUUGAAGUGGAACCAGAUGGGUUGCCUUGGUAUUUUGACAUAAAGAAGUAUUUGGAAACCGGGACUUAUCCUGAGAAUGCAAUGUUCAACCAGAGAAAAUCAAUAGGGCUCAUAAUUUCUUUUCAAGUGGGGAAAUCCUUUACAUGA